AUGGAACAACCUAACCAUCAGUGCUCCCCGCCAGCCUCCGGCUCCCUGACCUCCCCGCAGACUAAUCAUUCUGCCUUCCCGAAUCCCAACUGUAGCUCUCCGGAUCUGGAGCCAUACCAGGACUCGAUUGCACUCCCUUGGAAGGUGGUCCUGGCCACAUUCCUUGCACUCAUCACCUUGGCCACCACGCUUUCCAAUGCCUUUGUGAUCGCCACCGUUUCUCGGACUAGGAAGCUGCACACUCCUGCCAACUACCUGAUCGCCUCCCUGGCAGUGACUGACUUGCUUGUGUCUAUCCUGGUGAUGCCCAUCAGCACCAUGUACACCGUCACCGGUAGGUGGACGCUGGGCCAGGUUGUCUGCGAUGUCUGGCUGUCCUCGGACAUUACCUGUUGCACAGCUUCCAUCCUGCAUCUCUGUGCCAUCGCUCUGGACCGCUACUGGGCCAUUACAGACGCGGUGGAGUAUUCGGCUAAAAGGACUCCCAAGCGAGCAGCAGGAAUGAUUGCCCUGGUAUGGGUCUUCUCCGUGUCCAUCUCCAUUCCCCCACUUUUCUGGCGCCAGGCCAAGGCUGAGGAGGUGGCAGACUGCUUGGUGAACACAGACCAUAUCCUCUACACCGUCUACUCCACUGUAGGAGCCUUCUACUUUCCCACCCUGCUGCUUAUUGCUCUCUAUGGCCGCAUCUAUGUGGAAGCUCGUUCUCGGAUUUUGAAACAGACGCCCAACAGGACGGGGAAACGUCUGACUCGAGCCCAACUGAUCACCGACUCCCCGGGGUCCUCUUCCUCUGCCACAUCCAUCAACUCUCGAGCCCCGGAGGGAUCCAGUGAAUCAGGGUCCCCAGUGUACGUGAACCAAGUAAAGGUGAAAGUCUCUGAUGCUCUCCUGGAAAAGAAGAAGCUCAUGGCCGCUAGGGAGCGAAAAGCCACCAAAACGCUUGGGAUAAUUUUAGGAGCCUUCAUAGUCUGUUGGCUGCCUUUCUUUAUUAUCUCCUUGGCAUUGCCUAUCUGCGAUGACGCCUGCUGGUUUCACCUGGCCAUCUUUGACUUCUUUACUUGGCUAGGAUAUCUUAACUCCCUCAUUAACCCCAUCAUCUAUACCAUGUCCAAUGAUGACUUCAAACAAGCUUUUCAUAAACUGAUACGGUUCAGGCGCACGAGCUGAAUCUUGAAGUGG